AUGAAGUGUGUCCGCUGCCUGCUCCAGCACAACCUCAGGUGGACAGGACCGAGCAACGCUGUCCCCCGGGUUCAGACCCUCCAGACCCUGCAGACAACACCCCAGCAGAAACAAGGAUCAAGGUAUUUCCACCAGAGUCGCACAGUCCUCAAAAAUCAACCCACUUCUCCUGUAGACUUCGUACAAGACAAAGGAAAGAAGUCGGUAGUCCAAGAUGACCUGUUUGAACGCGUGGCCAAAAAAACCAAAACCAAAGCCACGUUUAACCGUGUGGUGGACGUUUUCACCAAGCAAGACGUGAGGAGGCGAGGGCACGUGGAGUUUAUCUACGCCGCGCUGAAGAAGAUGCCGGAGUUUGGAGUGGAGAGAGACAUCACUGUGUACAACAAGCUGCUGGAUGUGUUUCCCAAAGAGGUGUUUAUUCCAAGGAACUUCAUUCAGACCAUGUUCAACCACUAUCCGCGGCAACAGGAGUGCGGAGUGCAGCUACUGGAGCAGAUGGAGAACUAUGGCGUCAUGCCCAACGUCGAGACUAAAGUGCUCCUGCUGCAGAUCUUCGGGGAGAAGGGUCACGCUGUGAGGAAAUACCAGCGCAUCAUGUACUGGUUUCCCAAAUUCAAACACGCAAACCCUUACCCCGUCCCCCACCAGCUGCCGGAGGACCCUGUGGAUCUGGCCAAGUUCAGCCUGAAGCGCAUCGCCGCCGACCUGGACGCUAAAAUAACAGUCUACCAGAUGCCCUGUACAGACGUGUCUGAGAGUGGACAAGAAAUAACGUUCCCUCAUAUUGUAGGGGUUCAGAGUCCCAGUCAAAUGGAGCUUCUGGCCAAACAUAACCCCAAAAGACCGCUUUUUGUUGAAGGCCCUUUUCCCUUAUGGCUGAGAAAGACCUGCGUGUUUUACUACAUAUUACGAGCAGACCCCACCCCACCCGAAGAAAAGGUGGAGGAGCCCUAUGAUCCAGAACGCUGCUUCGACUAUCCACUCCAGCUCGACCUGGACUUCGGGAGGGACCUUGGCGAUGAGGAGGACUUUGACGUGGAAGACUUGGACGAGGGCCCCGUCUUCGCCAUGUGCAUGACCAACCAGGGAGACCAGGCCACGCUCAACCAGUGGCUCUCCGGCCUCCAGGAGACCAACCCCAUCCUGGGUCAGAUCCCCACGCUUUUCAGACUGGACUCCGGCUCUCGGGAGCUGCAGGCCUCUCCGGAUUCAAGGCCGGGUCCAGAGCCAAAGUCGGAGCAGCAGCAGCAGCAGGAGUCACACGCAGAGACUGAGGAGGAGGAAGAACCACAGCGGAGGCGCGGUGUGUGA